CAAGGUUAUCCAGCACCACAAGGCCUACUCCACCCAUGCUCUACCAAGGUUUUCCAGCACCACAAGGCCUACUGCACCCAUGCUCUACCAAGGUUUUCCAGCACCACAAGGCCUACUCCACCCAUGCUCUACCAAGGUUUUCCAGCAUCACAAGGCCUACUCCACCCAUGCUCUACCAAGGUUUUCCAGCACCACAAGGCCUACUCCACCCAUGCUCUACCAAGGUUUUCCAGCACCACAAGGCCUUUUCCACCCAUGCUCUACCAAGGUUUUCCAGCACCACAAGGCCUACUCCACCCAUGCUCUACCAAGGUUUUCCAGCACCACAAGGCCUACUCCACCCAUGCUCUACCAAGGUUUUCCAGCACCACAAGGCCUACUCCACCCAUGCUCUACCAAGGUUUUCCAGCACCACAAGGCCUACUCCACCCAUGCUCUACCAAGGUUUUCCAGCACCACAAGGCCUACUCCACCCAUGCUCUACCAAGGUUUUCCAGCAUCACAAGGCCUACUCCACCCAUGCUCUACCAAGGUUUUCCAGCACCACAAGGCCUUCUCCACCCAUGCUCUACCAAGGUUUUCCAGCACCACAAGGCCUACUCCACCCAUGCUCUACCAAGGUUUUCCAGCACCACAAGGCCUACUCCACCCAUGCUCUACCAAGGUUUUCCAGCACACAGAUUUGACCAACUACAGUAGCUAUGUUGGUCUACUGUACUUUAAAACUAUGUGUAUGCUGGUUGCUUAGGAUUCAAACCUUCUCAAACAGCCUAAUUCAUACUCUUCGAGGAGGUGCUCCCACAAUAAUGUGAUUUGUACAACAUACAAUGUAAUGUAUUGCAUUCUUCCCAGUCUAAACUAAGACAUUAUCCCAUUCCAAUACCUUUUGCUUUUUAUUAUAUGAAAGCAAGCUUUUCUUUAAUACUUAUAACACCAUCAGGGUUGAUUGAAUGAGCUGUUUUGCCUUGUAGUAAUAUGAUAAUGUUAAACCUUUAUUUUAACAUUAUAUGUCAUUGAACAAUAAAUAUAUUUCAUGAUAUCUUUUUUCAUCAGUCGGUACCCAACAGAAUAACAGGAGGUGGUGUGUUGAACAUCGUCCCUCAUAUAGACAUAGAGGUCUAUAGAGCUGUCUGCAUUCCUGGUUUCUGGAAGCUUUAGCUUACCUGUGUAAAAUUGACAUAAACUCAGAACUACUUGUUUUUCAAACAUGGUCCUGUUUUAUCAAUUGCUGUGCUGAACAAUGAACAGUGAAUUACCUCAAAUGACUAUGUAGCUUAAAGUUAUGUGUGUAUUUGUAUUUCAUUUUGCAAUACAGAUGAUGACGCUACAAUAAUCCACGUUUACAAUAGGCCUAUAUCCAGAAAUACAUCCAGCCUCGAUGAUAUACACAGUUUAUUUGUUUGUGCUCUGAUUACAACACAAGUGUUCAGGUCAGCAGUUUACACAGAUGACUUCAGCCAUAUGAAAAACCAUAGCCAAAUAUACCUACCUAGCUAGCUAGCUACCUUCCUUUUAGUUCUCAUUCAACUGGUGUUAGCUAGCUAGCUACCCUCCUUUUAGUUCUCAUUCAACUGGUGUUAGCUAGCUAGCUACCCUCCUUUUAGUUCUCAUUCAACUGGUGUUAGCUAGCUAGCUACCUUCC